AUGAGAGACGGCUGAAAGACGGUAUAUAAACUUAAAUGCUAAAAAGUAAAGGCAUGAAAGUAAAAGACAAAGAUAAAUGUGGGAAUUUACAAACUUUUUAACAUUUAAUAAGUGCAUACAUAUUGAAAUUCAAAAAAAAAAAAAAAGUGCAUACAUAUUUACAAAUACAACCCAAGAAUAUCUAAAAUUCCUCUUAGAGCACGCCAAAUUAACUACAUGUUCGUUUGGUUCUCUGACCAAUAACAGGCGAAAAAUUCCCAGAUUUUGCUUAACAAUGCUGUGCCAUCAAACUUGACCAAAGUAACAGCUUCAAAUUCAUGAAACCUCCUCUGUCUCGAAACAUUUCCAAAUUGCAAGCAUUGGUUUCUUCAUUCCAAAAAUCACUAGCAUCCUUUCAGAGCCCAGUUAUUGCUGUGGAACUUCUGGGCAAAGCACUAGACCAAUACCCAGAUAUUAUAGCCUUGAAAAAUGUCCACACCAAGCUUAUUUAUCUCAAUUCUCAUGAAAACCCAUCUCUGGGAAUCAAACUCAUGAGAGCCUAUGCUGCCUGUGGAGAACCAGGGACGGCACGCAAGGUGUUCGAUGAAAUUCCUGAGAGGAAUGUUGUUUUCUACAAUGUCAUGAUCAGAAGCUAUGUGAAUAAUCGUUGGUAUAAUGACGCGUUGCUUGUUUUCAGAGAGAUGGUUAAUGGUGGGUUUAGACCGGACAAUUAUACCUACCCUUGUGUCCUGAAGGCGUGCUCUUGCUCUGACAAUUUGAGGUUUGGGUUGCAGCUUCAUGGAGCUAUGUUGAAGGUUAGGCUGGAUUGGAAUUUGUUUGUCGGGAACGGUCUCAUUUCUAUGUACGGGAAAUGUGGUUGCUUGCUGGAGGCAAGGUAUGUUCUUGAUGAGAUGCCGAGGAGGGAUGUUGUGUCGUGGAACUCAAUGGUUGCAGGCUAUGCGCAGAAUAUGCGGUUUGAUGAUGCAUUGGAAGUUUGUCGGGAAAUGGAUGAUUUGGGACAAAAACCUGAUGCUGGUACAAUGGCGAGUCUCAUGCCAGCAGUAACUAACACUUCGUCGGACAAUGUUUUGUAUGUUAAGGAUAUUUUUAUAAAUUUGGAGAAGAAGAGUUUGGUCUCGUGGAAUGUGAUGAUAACUGUCUAUAUGAAAAAUUCCAUGCCGGGAAAUGCUAUAGAUUUGUAUUUGCAAAUGGAGAAAAGUGAAGUCGAGCCAGAUGCAAUCACUUGUGCUAGUGUUCUUCCAGCAUGUGGUGAUCUUUCAGCUUUGUUGUUAGGAAGGAGGAUUCACGAAUAUGUUGAGAGGAAGAAACUACGUCCGAAUUUGCUGCUGGAAAAUUCAUUGAUAGACAUGUACGCUAGGUGCGGAUGUCUAGAAGAUGCACAAAAGGUCUUUGACAAAAUGAAGUUUCGUGAUGUUGCAUCGUGGACAUCAUUGAUAUCUGCCUAUGGUAUGACUGGGCAAGGCUGCAAUGCUUUGGCACUUUUCUCAGAAAUGCAAAAUUCAGGUAUAAGUCCAGAUCAUAUCGCCUUUGUCGCAAUUCUCUCAGCUUGUAGCCAUUCAGGAUUAUUGGAAGAAGGGAAAGUUUACUUUAAGCAGAUGACUGAUGAUUACAGAAUAACACCAAGAAUUGAACACUUUGCGUGCUUGGUAGAUCUUUUAGGACGUGCUGGGCGAGUAGAUGAGGCCUAUGAUGUCAUCAAACAGAUGCCAUUAGAACCUAAUGAAAGAGUUUGGGGGACACUACUUAGUUCUUGCAGGGUGUACUCCAACAUGGAUAUUGGCCUCUUAGCAGCUGACAACCUACUUCAGUUGUCUCCUGAGCAAUCAGGUUAUUAUGUGUUGUUAUCUAAUAUUUACGCAAAGGCCGGUAGAUGGAAAGAAGUAACAGAAGUUAGAUCAUUAAUGAAGAGAAGAAGAAUUCGGAAAACGCCCGGCAUCAGCAAUGUUGAGCUGAACAGUCAGGUUCACACAUUUCUCGCCGGUGACACGUCGCAUCCGCAGUCAAAGGAGAUCUAUGAAGAGCUAUAUGUGCUGGUGGGAAAGAUGAAGGAGUUGGGUUAUGUUCCUGAAACUGAUUCUGCACUUCAUGAUGUGGAGGAGGAGGAUAAGGAAGGCCAUCUAGCUGUUCACAGUGAAAAGCUAGCUAUUGUGUUUGCUCUUUUGAAUACCCAUGAGUCUCCGAUCAGAAUUACCAAAAACCUUCGUGUUUGUGGAGAUUGCCAUAUUGCUGCUAAGCUUAUCUCCAAGAUAGUUGGACGUGAAAUUGUUAUUAGGGACACCAAUCGAUUCCACCAUUUUAAGGAUGGCUUAUGCUCAUGUGGUGAUUAUUGGUGAGGUUCUUGAUGAAAAUAUAACUGGAAUCUGCUACUAUAAUUGAGGUUGUUUUCACUACAAGAAAUUGUAAUAAUAGCUACAGAAAAAGGUAAUCGCUAGCUAA